AUGAAUUUGUCGACGAAUGUUACGUAUUCGUUAGAAGACGAAGAUUACGAUGAAUUCAGGAAGACUGGCAUUCCUAUCACUGUUUAUCUGAUAGUUCUGUGUGUCCUGGGAACAAUUGGAAAUGUCCACGUGUUUCUGGUGUAUUUACUGAGAUACAAAUCAAACAUCUAUAAAACGUUUGUACUAUGUUUAGCUGCGGUGGAUUUUCUUGGGUGUACAUUCUGUAUUCCAGCGUCACUGUACAUCAUCAGACACCCGAACACGAUACAGUCUUCUGUUUUUUGCAAGGUGUACCGCGCAGCCAUGAACUUUGUAGGAGCAUACUCCUUGAUACUUCUGGAUUGUAUCGCUGUUGAACGCUAUCGGAAGGUAUGUGCAGUUACUCGUCGCCAAUUUACAUUACGAACAACUCGCGUGGUCUGUGCAUUAACUUGUCUCUUGGUGAUAGUAACGUUUGCCAUCCCCGGAAUCCUCACGUAUGGCAUUAACCAGAAGAUAACAAAGCCCCAUUGGUUGGUUGGUUAUGAAUGUAUGAUCUUAGAAAAUUUAAAGAGUUCGACGUUUAUGAAAGUAUACAGAGGAAUAAUAUUCGUCAUGUUUGUUUUUUUCUUUAUAAUUUCAGCCGUGUUGUAUACUUUGGUUGGUAGGAAAAUCUCUGUUCAUAAGAAUAAACAUAAAGAAAUAUGUAUUUCUAGAAAGAAACCUAUAUCGACAGAAGAUGUGCAAUGUGCAAGCAGUCAUUCCCAAGAAAAAGACGUGUCGAGUGAUAUAACCACAUCGAUCAUGCAGGUACCUGGUAGCUCUGAUUCUAAUAUCGCUGUCGACAUCGUUUUGAAGACAACAAAUCAUCUUGGCUCAGACAUGAAACACAGUGAUUCUGUUGAAAGUCAUCACGACCAGAUCCGACAUACGACAGAGACAGGAAAUCGGUAUCUGAACACCUUGAAGGAGAGAAAGCGAAAGGAGCUUGACAGAAGUAGAAAUAUAACUAUGGUAUUCUUAGUUGUGUCAAUUCUCUCCUUCGGGGGUUAUCUCCCUUACGUUCUCGCUACCCUGAUAAGAAAUAUCAACGGGCCCCUUUAUAGUAACUUCAUGGAUAAGUAUGGAGCCCUGGACAUAUUCAUUCGUUGGAUGGUUUUCCUUAACAAUGCCAUAAAUCCUGUUGUUUAUGGCUUUAUGGAUAAAAAGUUCCGAAAGGAACUAGCCAAAUUCUAUACCAAACUGGCACACUGCGGUUUGUUAGACAGUAGACAUGGCUAA